AGUGCAGGUUAAUUAAUAGCAGCAGCAGCCACAUUUCAUCCAUAAAUUCCCUGCAGGAUUUUCCCACAACCUGUUCUCGACGUCUUAUCUGCGCAAAGAUCUUAACAUGGCUGGAAGGAUUACUAAAUACAAUAAAGCCACGCUGAGAUUCUGGAUCCUGGGAUUUCUCGUCUCGGUCCCUGCGUCUAUUUAUCCACUCACAAUAAUGUGAUUUUGAUCCCAUUUCCCAAACACGUCGCUCAAAAUCUUCCUUUACUUUUGAUGAAUUGAUUUUUAAAUACGACAGUAAAUUAAUUGUGAUUAAUUAUCUGAGAAAUGAAGGGCAGUAUAUUAUUGCAAAUCCUAUUUAUAUCGUGCUGCCUGGUACUCAUUGUACAUGGCAAAGUACCAUAUUCCAAUAAUCUACUGGUUCCAGUAGGUGCGUCUGCCGGGUCUAAAAUUAAUUGCACAUGUGGGCGAAUUUACAACUACACAGAAGCAGGAACUGGCAAAAUGCCGUGGGUUGGGGUCCUAGUUCAUAAGCAUGACUCGCUCCAAACCCCGUUAUGUUGGGGGAGCCUUAUCAACGACAGAUACGUCUUAUCUGCUGCGUCUUGCACAUCAAAGUAUAAAACGGAGGACGUAGCAAUUGUCCUUGACCACUUUGGCGUUGCAGACCCACGUUUCCCCUACGCGACAAAGGUAGCAUUUGUCGCCUCCAUAAAAAACCAUCCUCGAUUCUCCGUCGGAAAUCAUACAUAUGACAAUGACAUCUCUCUCAUCAAAUUGCGGGACCGAAUCGAUUUCACGAAUGGGGACAAACUCGCCCCCGUCUGCCUUCCCCCGGAUCCACGGCUACACGCCAAGAAAUCUGGCAGGUCAAUUCAAACCCAGCAAAGUCAAGAUAACAAUAAUGCAAUUCACAACCACAAUGGUGCCUCAACCGACAAAAAAUCAGGGAUGGAAGCAUUUCUGUUUCACAGCAAGCAGUGUGACUUUCCACAUGGAAGUAUUCACGAGAAGCGGAUGACCGUGGGGGUGUACAAGGGGCGAAUUAGCAGCAAUAAUAAUACAAAAUAUCCGGAUACGCGAUAUUCUUACAGUCUUCUCGUUCUUCAGGGUCUGAGGCAGGAAGCAUGCCUUAAAUUUUACAAGAACAGGGUCGAGUCUCAGUUUUUCUGUGCGGAAGGGAUUUCUGGAGAGGACGCUCUAAAAUCGAGGGACAGGUGCAAUACGGACCCCGGCAGCCCUUUAGUCACAUUGAGGAGAACCAGGUACAAAUGUGACCCUGACUUUACCCCCGUCGCAGAAAAGGACAUUUUAACCGUGAGAUUUGUGCAAACUGGGAUUUCCACGAACCAAAAAGAAUGCAUAGAACCGAAACAUCAUCCGUAUCCGAUCCUACUUUUUACGAGUGUCUUCCGUUAUCGGAAAUGGAUCAUGGAAGGCACUCGAGAUGCGGGAUAUUGUUUGAAUAGUCCGUAAUUGAAUGCAAACAUAAUUAUUUUUUGUGUAUUAAGUGGGCCGUGAAUAAAUUAGUGGAUCGGAUUGAU